AAGCAUGCUUCGACAAGUCGCCAUUUUGUGCACUCUAAUCGCCGCCAUUUCGGCAAGUUGCGACAAGGAGAUCGUACGUCCUGUCGAAUGGACCGGCGGCAACUUCGAGUGGCCGAACGGCGCCACCAAGUCCAUCUACCGCUCUUCGGGCCGCUUCAUCCAGAAGAACACCAUUGCGACCCGCGCCCAGAUCUACAAAGACGACGUCAUCGUGGCCCUGCCCCGCUACAAGCCCGGAGUUCCCGCCACUUUGGCCAAACUCUCCCUGAAGCACAAAGGCUGCGAGGCGACUCUGACGCCCUUCCCAUGCUGGUCCACCCAGGAGGAGGGCAACUGCAACGCGCUCCAAUCAGUCGUUGACAUUUUCGCCGACGCCAAUGAGGUCCUCUGGGUGUUGGACGUGGGUGUGGUCAACACUCUCGAGACGCCAAUCAGGCGCUGUCCCCCUAAAGUCGUCGCGAUCUCUCUGCGAACCGGAAAGGUCGUCAAGACGCUGGACUUGUCGGGAUUGGUGGCCCAGGCCUCCCGCUUGCAAUACAUCGCCGUGGAAUACGCCCCCGAUGGACGCCCCUAUGCUUACGUCAGCGACGCGGCGACUAGAUCCAUUCUAGUGUUUGAUGUUGCUGGAAACAGGGGCUACAGGGUGGUGCUCCCGAAGGCUGUGGUCGGGAAUGGCAAACGCGACGUUCUCUACAUUGCCCUGAUCCAGAAAGGGUGUGGGAACAACUUCAUCAUCUUCUCCUACCUCUCAUCACCUAAAGUUUUCUCAAUCCGGACUGAUUAUCUCAGAGCUGGAUGCACAGCGGGUAAAAUCACGGACAGUGGGUCUAAAGACGGCAAAAUCAUUAUCUUGGGUACUGAUCUUGGUACCGCUGUGUUCUUCCGGUACGAAGGCAAACCGGAAGUGUACCGCUGGGACGCCAACCUCCCCCUUGCCCCAGGUCUCCCGGUCCUAGUCUACAAAUCGAAAAAAUGUUACUUGUCCACGCACGCAAUCCCUGAUCUCAAACGCGAAAGGAUGAGGAUCCUUGAGAGCAAUUUCCCUGAUUUUAUCCAAAAUACGGUAGGCUGUGGGGCGUCACAAAGGGUGACUCUGAUGGGAGGGUGUGUUAACCCCAAGAACCCAUUGCCCGUGCAUACGUAA